AUGCACAUUUCGCGCGGCGACGCACUUCACGACUUCUCUGUACACCCUCGCCGCUGCUCCAGGUUCACAGCGGCAGUAACGAAGCGCGCAGGGCGCAAAAAAGAUGCUGCUGCGGCCGGCGGAGGACAGCCAAAGUCGCAAUUCGCAAAGAAGGCCGUCUUCGAGACCACCAAAAAGAAGGAAGUCGGAGUCUCAGAUCUGACCCUGAUCAGCAAGGUUUCGAACGAGGCGAUCAACGAGAACCUGAAGAAGCGCUUCGAGAAUGGCGAGAUAUACCGGGCAGUGGGCAUAUACACCGACCAAGUACUGGACAGCUACAAGGGCAAGAACAGGUUGGAGGUCCCACCACAUGUCUUCGCAAUCGCCGAGUCCUCGUACUAUAACAUGAACGCAUACAAGGAGAACCAGUGUGUCAUCAUCUCAGGAGAAUCUGGAGCAGGAAAGACCGAGGCUGCGAAGCGCCUCAUGCAAUACAUUGCCAGUGUCUCUGGGGGAAGCAAUUCUUCGAUUCAGGAGAUCAAGGACAUGGUGCUGGCCACAAAUCCUCUGCUGGAAUCAUUCGGAAACGCAAAGACGCUGAGAAACAACAACUCUUCGCGAUUCGGAAAAUACCUCGAGAUCCACUUCAACGCGCAGGGAGAGCCGGUGGGAGCAAACAUCAACAACUACCUACUUGAGAAGACGCGAGUAGUGGGCCAGAUUACGAACGAGCGCAAUUUCCAUAUCUUCUACCAGUUCACAAAAGCGGCAUCAUCGCAGUACAGAGGUAUAUUUACCUUCAAACUUUCUGGGUACGCAAUUCUGACAAUCAUAGAAAUAUUCGGCCUACAGCAACCGCAAUCCUACCUUUACACAAGCCGAUCGAAGUGUUACGAUGUACAGGGCAUUGACGACCACGCCGAAUUCCAGGACACACUCAAUGCUAUGAAGGUCAUUGGUCUAGAACAAGCAGAGCAGGACAACAUUUUCCGAAUGCUUGCAGCAAUUCUGUGGCUAGGAAACGUAUCUUUCCAGGAAGAUGACUCCGGCAACGCUGCAAUCGCAGACCAGUCGGUAGUCGACUUUCUGGCCUACCUCCUAGAAGUCGAUUCAGCACAUGUCAACAAAGCGCUCACCAUUCGCAUUAUGGAGACAAGCCGUGGCGGCCGGAGAGGUUCGGUGUAUGAUGUGCCGCUCAAUAUCGCCCAAGCAGGAGCUGUACGGGAUGCGCUCGCGAAGGGGAUCUACUUCAACCUUUUUGACUGGAUCGUGCAGCGCGUGAAUAUAUCUCUGAAAGCCCGCGGAGCCACUGCGCAUUCAAUCGGUAUCCUGGAUAUCUACGGAUUCGAGAUCUUCGAGCGCAACAGCUUUGAGCAGUUGUGCAUCAACUACGUCAACGAGAAGCUGCAGCAGAUCUUUAUCCAGCUGACCUUGAAGGCGGAACAAGAAGAAUACGAGAGGGAACAGAUCAAGUGGACGCCGAUCAAGUACUUUGACAACAAGAUCGUGUGUGAGCUCAUCGAGGAGAAGCGACCACCGGGUGUCUUCGCGGCCCUCAACGACGCGUGCGCUACCGCUCACGCAGACCCCACAGCCGCAGAUCAGACCUUUGUCCAGCGACUAAACGCCCUUUCUUCGAACCCCAACUUCCAACCACGUCAAGGCCAAUUCGUCAUCAAGCACUACGCUGGAGAUGUGUCGUACGCAAUUGAUGGCAUGACUGACAAGAACAAGGACCAAUUGCUGAAGGACUUGCUGAACCUCCUGGGUAACAGUGGAAACACGUUUGUCCACACAUUGUUCCCCAACCAGGUUGACCAAGACAACAGGCGGCGGCCUCCUACCGCAGGAGAUAAGAUCAAGGCCUCCGCAAAUGAUUUGGUUACCACGCUUAUGCAGGCCCGUCCUUCCUACAUUCGUACCAUCAAGCCCAACGAGAAUAAGUCGCCGAAAGAGUACAACGAUCCGAACGUUAUGCAUCAGAUCAAAUAUCUCGGUCUGCAAGAGAACGUUCGAAUUCGCCGAGCCGGGUUUGCUUCGCGUCAAACCUUUGACAAAUUUGUUGAACGCUUUUUCUUGUUGUCUCCGAAAUGUUCCUACGCUGGAGAGUACACUUGGACUGGCGACUACGAAACUGGUGCAAAGCAGAUCUUGAAGGAUACUAACAUCCCAGCUGAGGAGUUCCAGAUGGGUGUUACGAAGGUAUUCAUCAAGACGCCUGAGACACUCUUUGCCCUGGAAACUAUGCGCGACCGAUACUGGCACAACAUGGCGAUACGAAUCCAAAGGGCCUGGCGAAACUACCUGCGUUACCGAUCUGAAUGUGCGAUACGCAUUCAACGAUUCUGGCGCAAGCUCAACGGCGGCAAGGAGUUUAUUGAACUUCGUGAUCAAGGUCACAAGAUCCUUCAGGGUCGCAAAGAAAGGCGACGUUACAGUCUUGAUGACUGGUUCUCCAUCGGUGCAGGUUCACCAACAGAGCCAGACCCACUUGUCAACUGCAUCUUCAAGACUGAAUUCUUUACUCACCUGACCAAUGUUCUACGGGGGUCAUUGACCAUCAAAAUAGGCGAGACCAUCGAGUACAACAAGAAACCCGGCAAGCCAGCCCAAGUCAAGGUCAUCAAGGAUACUACUGUACCACGUGAUGAUCUGUACAAGAGUGGCACAAUCCACACCGGACCCGGUGAAGCCCCCAAUUCCCAGUCAAAGGCUACGCCUAAAGGAAAACAAAUCGCAGCAAAGCCCAUCACUAAGGGUAAGCUUCUGCGGCCCGGUGGCCCUGGCGGAGGUCCCUCCAAGCUUGCCAACCGCCCUGCGCAGCCAAGACCUGUGCCCACACCUGCAGCUGCACAACCCAGAGCAGUACCUACGCCUGCAGCUGCACAACCCCGAGCAGUGCCCCAGCCGAUGGCCGCACUGUCAAACGGCACAAGUCACGCAGCAAAUUCCUCAGCAGGCCGAGCACCUCCUCCCCCGCCACCGCCCGGCCCACCCGCAGCACCACCUGCACCCAAGGAACCAACAUACAAGGCUCUAUACGACUUUGCAGGACAAUCUGCCGGCGAGCUGAGUAUUCGCAAAGACGAAAUCAUCCUAGUUACUCAGAAAGAAAACAACGGCUGGUGGCUCGCCUCGCGCCUGGACAAAUCAGCCUCUGGCUGGGCGCCCUCCGCUUACCUCGAAGAAGUCAAAUCUGCCGCUCCACCACCUCCUCCCCCUCCCCCCGCGCGCCCGGCAAACGGCAAACCAAAGCCCCCGGCGCCCCCGACUAAGCGGCCCGCGGGCAGGAAGCCGGCGCCCGAUUCGGCGAGGGAUAGCGGGUAUAGCGGGAGUGGAGUCGAUGGUGGCGGACCCAGGGAUAGUAGUGGGAGUAUUGCGGGGGGGGUUGGCAGAGGCGUUGAGGCAGAGGCAGGCGGCUAUGCAGGGUAG